CACGGGUGGCGCGCCGUGGCGGGGAGGUAUGAGGCGGGAAGGUGGCUGUGAGCGCCGUGGCAGCUAAGUGCAGUGAGGGCACUGCGAGCGCUGUGCCUGUCAGGAACCGCUCUCCUGAGUCUUGGAGAAGGUUGGCUGGAGUGUUUUGUAUCUCUUCAGCAUUGUGACCAUUUCUGCAGUUUCCAGUAAUCAAGUAUCAAACUGAGCUCAGGCUGGGCAAGGCACUCUACAAAAAAAGUAUUGAAAUCGUAGAAUCGUAAAAUGGUUUAGGUCAGAAGAGACCUCAAAGAUUGUUGAUUUCCCACCCCUUUCUAUGCACAGGGCUGCCACUCCCCAGCUGAGGCUGCUUAGGUCCCCAUCCAACCCAGCUUUGAAUGCCUCCAGUCAUGGGGCACCCACAGACCUUUGGGCAGCGCUGCCUACUGAGUAAAGAAUUGUUUCCUAACAUCUAACCUUAAUCUUCCUUUAUACUAGUGUUGUAUAGCUAAUACCUUUAUCGAGGCUCUGCUUCACAUCUCAGGUUGGCUGCUGGCCCUUAUGCAGCAUCCUACGUUUCUUUUUGUGGCUUUUAACUGCUCUACUCCUGAUGAAAAUAUGUGCUCCAUAUGGAGCAUAAUUCUAUAAUAUCCAUACUCCAUAUGGAGUAUAAUUUCUAUUGCUUUCCUUCAUCAUUCUUGACCAAACAUCAAUGUAGUCCUCUACUGGAGGCUGUAAAAAAAAAAAUGACAGAGGUGUCUGAAUCGGAAAUGUCCUUCAGAACAUCCUUCAGGACCAAUUGGCUGCUAUACUGUCUUUGUUCCAAUGCUGUCAGCUAUGAUGUGAGAACCUCAGAUUGGAGAGGAACCUGAAUCACAGAAUAUAUGAUCUUAGAUAUCUUAGGCAAUCUUGUCCUAUAUAAGAGUUUAUAAGUUUAUCAAGGAAAUCUUAAGGUCCUUGUAGAUCAAACUACGUCUCACAAGCACCUUAACACUUUUGUUCUUUAUAUAAUCCUUUUCACUAUUGAACUACGUGCUAUAUAUAUCACUAUUGAGCUACAUGCAGAGCAAAAUUCUUUGAAGUGACACCUCAGAAACAGAGUUUGGUAUCUCUGCAUUAGCAGCACCUUUGCAACUCUUAGCUGUGAGGCCAGCAUGCACUGUGAGAGCACUGACUUGUUAAAUGAACUUUGUUAAAAGUGAAUCAAGUAGUCCAGGUUCAGGUACUAGGACAGGACAGUUAUAGAGGUCAGAAAUGCAAACUAAAUGGGUUAGAACAGUGGAAAGUGUGUUCUUGUUUACCAUCAGCUCAUCAGACAACUGCCUUUCAACAUAAUUAUCUAUCAUCAACGAGUUCUGUGUAGGCACUGCAGCUAUAGGUGUUUCCAGCACAGAUUAGUUGCCCUCUGGCAGCUACAUUCCAAGGCUUUCCAGUGGCAGUAGAGAGCAGAUACCUGCUUUUAUGUCCUUUAGCAAACUUCUGUCUGUAUCAUUUGAUGGAUACUUUAAACAUUCCAGGCAGUAUCUCCCUCCUGCUAACCAUAUAAAUGUUGUAUUCCUUUUCCCUUGAGUGAUUUUCCAUAUGGAAUAUCAUUGUAUAGGAAGGGUUAAAAGCAUGAAGCUAUUGAGUCAUUUUGAUUUGAUAUUGCAGAGUGAGCUGUGGAAAGCAUACCUAUUGCUGCUGAGUAACUGGAAGAAACAGAGCAAGGAAGAAACUGAAAAGUCUAAUCCUAGUUCUGCGCUAACAGCAAAGAGAUUGUGAAACUAAAUGCUCUUUCUGGAGUCCAGCUUUAGGAGUGAAAAAAAUUCUUCUGUGGGCAGCAACUGAGAAGUUUGUGCAGGGCCGAGACAAGGACAUUGACAGCAUUCUUUCUCAUGGAUAUUCUAAAGGUUGAUCAAUUUAAGAUACUGUGUUUUAUGGCUGUGUUAAAUCUGUACGAGACAAUAAGAGUGACUUUUUUUUUUGUUAUUGUUGGGUUUUGUUGUUUUUUUUUUUUAAUCAAAAGCUUUGAUUCUCAGUCAGGCUUCAGUGGUUACCUUUAAUAUAAGUUUUAUUUAAACUCUUUUGCAGGCUUCAUGAGGGAGAACUCUAAUGUUUGCAUUCCGGGCAGUAAUGUACUUCAUUAGGCUCAGAAGUCCCAUGAAGAGCAGUAUUUUAUGAGCUGCUGGGUAGAUACUGGAUUUGUAGCUGUUCGAAGUCUGGCCUCAUCAGUAUUAAUUCCAACAAAGAAGUAAGACUAUCAAAGGUUUGGAGGUCCCAGAGACAAAGGUGAGAAGAUGCGAAAGAUGUGGUAUUCUUUCCUGCCAUGUUUGCUGUUUUUACAACUUGAAGCUAAUCCUGGUCUUAAAGUGAGAAUUACUCAGAAAGGGCUGGACUACGGUAUAAGACAGUCUGAGAGAAAUGUGAUGACCAAGUAUUUCCAAGGUUAUCCACACUGUAUGUGAAGUGAAGGAAGUAUAACAGUUUCAAAAAAUGGGCAGGAAGAUUGGGAUAGAACUACUGAAGCAAAGAGUAUUGCAAGAGACCUUCCCAAGUUGGAGUGGGCAGGAGAGUUUCUCAAUUGUGAAGGUGAAUUAUACAAUCUCAAGGUUCAAAGUUGAUGCUGUAGAUAUACCAGAAACUUCUGCUUCCUUUAUUCCUGACACUGGUGUUAGUCUAUCAGUGGCACAUGCUUCUGCUACAAUCAGUGCAGACUGGAGACUGAAAGCAUGGCUACUUAGCAAAGACCAAGGAGGAUUUACCCUGUCCAUCUCAGAACUGUUCAUUGCAGUUGUCUUCAAAGUAUCACGGGACAACACAGGCCACUUGUCUGUGUUGCUGCACAGUUGCCAGUUGAGCAUUGGUAGUGUAAAAGUCACGUUAAAUGAAGGAUCCAGCUGGAUCUAUAGCUUCCUAUCUGGUUAUCUUGAGAAGGCCAUUCAUUCCAAACUGAAUGAAAAUAUAUGUCUAAAUAUCAAAUACAAAAUACAAGUGAUGGAUGCACAGCUUAGAAAGCAGAAGGUCUUAAGCCAAAUAGAUGCCUUUGCACAAAUAGACUAUUCUCUAGUUAGUUCUCCAGCAGUCUUCAAAUCACACAUUAACUUGGAUUUGAAGGGCACAGUCUAUCCAGUAGGAAAUCACACAGACCCUCCCUUUGUGCCUGCUCCGUUUGGUCUCCCAAACAAAGGUGAUUCCAUGUUCUACUUCGGAGUCUCCAAUUAUUUUCUUAAGUCUGCUACACUGGCUUACUACAGAGCAGGGGUCUUUAAUAUCACCAUCUCCAAAGACCUUUCUACUGCUUUUAACCUAACUACUGCCACACUGAAAAAUUUUCUUCCUGAGAUUGCUCUGCAUUGCCUAACUGCAUGCCCAGUGCUUCUGAAGCUGAUGGCUACAUCACCACCUGUUGUCAGUUUGCAGUCAGACACAUGCAGACUAUGGAUCACUGGGUCUGUAGAGGUGUUUGCUGUUCUGCCAAAUUCAACCAUCCAGUACAUCUUUACAGGGAAUCUAACAACAAGUACCAGAAGCAAUUUGGCAGUAAUCAAACAGAAGCUGGUCAUCUCAUUAUUUCUGAAGAGGCUUCAGUUCUCCCUGCUGCACUCUGCUGUUGGCUUCUCUAAGGUCUCACUGGUGGAGAAUUUUCUGUCUUACACUUUACGGAGGGUAGUAAUCCCAGUAAUCAAUGAUAAAUUAGGAAAAGGAUUUCCUCUUCCUAACUUGGCCUACACCAGCCUGGUUGGACCUGUAAUAAAAAUGAAUCAGGGUCAUCUUGUGAUUUUCACUGAUGUUCACUACAAACAUGAGCAAGAGGAAGAUGAGGAUCUUCACUGACACCCCUAAUGCCCCUUUUCUUUCAAACAAUAAUAGAGAAAAAAAGAGGUCUUCCUUCUGCUGGCUUGUAUGGAGUAGAUGCUAUAAUAUUAGAAACAUGGAUCUUGGUCACUAUUUUUGCUGUUUCUUCCCUUUUCAUGAACCAAAUCUGUUGGUUUUUAGUAUAGUGGGUAUAGAUGACUUUUAUAUUAUUUUAUGAUGCAUUAGAAAACUUGUUGCAGUAUGAUGGGAAGGAGUGGAUGGGUCUUCUUGUGUUAGGAACACCAAGUUUUAUUAAUUUCAGGAACCAGUUAUUGCAUUAUUCAACUUAUCUCCAUCAGUGUUAGCAACACUGUAUGUGUAGAGUGAGAUCUUAGUUUUUGUAAUAUUUUCACAGUUUCAUAGUUUCAUAGUUUCAUGCGGGUUG